CACCCUCAGGUAGUAAUUAAAAUUAUAUCCCAAAUAUAAGCUUGUUUUGUGCGCAAACACAAUAUCAGAUUAAUAUUUUACUCGUAUCAUCAUUACAAUCAUAAGACGUAUCGUAUUAGCAAAGUCUUGUAGUGAAUUACAUAUUUAUCAAUCGACCUAAGUACAGAUGCUUCGUUCAUCGUCAGUAAUGAAACUACUUAUGCAAGUACAAAGACUGGUUUGCACGUCCUAUAUAUGAACAUCAAGGGCGACACUCACGCCAUCUGCCGCACAAUUCUCCAGCAUAUAGAAAAAAACUUACGUUAACAAAAUAAAUAUAGGCCGUUUCUUAACUUAAUAUGAUGACAAUGGAUUGAUUAAAAUGAUUUGUAUUUAAGUUUGUAAUUAGUCUUUUAAUUUUAUACAUUUUUAGACUAGGCAAGAUAUUUUGAGUAUUGAUCAAGCAGCUCGUUGGCACAUGCGCCAUGGCGCACUUCAACCCAGCAGAUCGCAAAUGGACUCCAAGGGCUGUGACAAUGUUUCUACUAGAUUUUUAUAUUAUAAAAUGUAUCAUUUGGUUUUCAUAAUUAAGUGUUUAUUUAUCGUAUUCUUAUCGAAUUAGUGAACCCAUUUAAAAGCUCAAAAAUGGGUAACACCCAAGCUCAAGAAAAACAGUCGAAGGCUGGGAAGUCGCCGGCGAAGGGGAAACAUUUCAUGAGGAAUUUGAACAGGAAAGGAUCGUUCAAGGACGGCAAGAAACGAGCGAGAAAAAAGAGCAUCGCAAAACGAGAGGCGUUCGACAGGGAGGCCGAUAAAACGCCUGAUUCCGAUAACAAUGAACCGAUCGAGGCAUCCGAUAACGAUACGGCCGAGUGCGUGUUCAAAACAUCGUGCGGGGGCGCGAGGAGCGGUGCGGCGAGCGCGGGGGCAGCGGAGACGAGCAGCGAGCACUCGGAGGUAACGGGGUCCAGGUGGUCCGCGGCCGCGCGCGCCGAGCGCCGGUCACCGACCCGCGACUCCGCACACCCGGCCCCCGCGCCCGAUGACUCCAACUCCGAGUCCGUGUUCACGGACCCUCUCACGCCACUCGCCGUCGAGCUCAACCAGUGCUACUACUCCGCGGAGAGUGACAGCGCGCACGACGAGCCCUCGCGCGCCCUCUCGCCCCCGCCCGCCGGCGUCUCAGUCGACACAUCGCCGGAGAGCGGCUGGCCGGUUGUAAACAUGCCGCACGCGGACGCCGCCGCGACACGAACGCCAGAUACGGAAAAAGAAAUUGCAACUGACGUAUUCGAUGAAAACUGCGAGCCGAGUGACGUCGGUGCAUACACGAUGGGCGGUAUACUGACGAGGCCAAAGCCGGACUCCGAGCCUAACGAGUGCAGCCAUGAGUUCCUGGAGAACCGGCUGAAGGCCUGCCCUGGACAGACCGCCUUCACGGUGUCCAAGCACCGCAAGGUGGAACUGCCGCCGGUGAGCGCGCCUGACGCCCUCGCUCUCGCCCUCGUCGAUAACGAAAUUGACCGACGACAUUCGAGUCUAAGCGAUGUACCCUUGGCGGAAUCUAAUGUAUUGAGAAAAGUUGCUUCGCUGACAUUGGAUAAGCUGACAGAUACAAAGGUAACGCGCCCCAGGUUCGUGCCGGAAAAACUGGACUUUCAACUCUAUGAGAAGUUUGAAGGGCAGAUGCUACUUAAUUGGUUCGUGUCAUCAAUUGCUGACAACAGUAACUUUAAAAGCCUUGUAAGUACUCAAGAUCUGAAAAAUAUUGGGAUACAAUAUUGCACGCAUCUCUUAGCUGCCGGAGUUUUACGACAAAUAUCAGAUAAAAAUGCACCAACGGAAAAUGUAUUUAAGCCAAACCUAAUGUAUUAUUGGGCACAUAUGGAGGCACCAGUUUCACAACCUGUUACUCCGGGAAGGUUACAGACAAGCUCAUGGCCACCGGACAAGGAAACCAAUCAAAUUCCCCGUGAUAUGACAUUAUACACAGCCAUGGAUAACAGUCUGUUCUACAACCAAAACAAUAAUGAUGAAGCAAUUGAUAUUCAAGAGGCAAAAGCUAUUAUAAAGCAAUUAAAAAAGAAAUUGCAAGAAGCUGAAUAUCUGCUACAAAAAGUAAAAAUUAGUAAUCAAAUUGAAAUGUUGAAUAGAAAUUUACCAAAUAGCUUUAAUUCAAUACAAGAUAGUAAUUUAAUGAAAGAUAAAGUUGAGCUAUUAGUUGACAAAGAAGUACAGACUUCUAUGGCACUCAAUGAUGAGAAUAAACUAACCAUUAGACCUGUGAUAAGUACACCUAAAUAUGAUAGCCCAAUAAUAUCAAAUGAUAAUAAUAACACAGUAGAAAUAAGUAGGUUAGUUUAUAAAAAUCAGAUGGGUGAUGCUGGUGAUAAAUGUGAAAAAAGAUCUGAAAGAAUAGAAAAUUAUUGUAAAUUAAAUAAAAGUAGAGAAUAUAAUAAACCAUUGCGUAAAGAUGAUUUCAUAGAUAACAAUAACCAAAAUAUUGAUAAUGAUGCCGUAAGUCUUCCAGACAAAAGUUCCGACUGUCAUAAAUAUGAUUCUUCAUCUGACUCUUCGUUUGCUAGUACUUACACCUCAAGCAAAUUGACAGAUGAGAAAAGUAACCACGAACAUAUGUGGAACAAAAGUGAAACUGUUGUUCAGAAUGUAUCAUGCUUAAAGAAUGUAUCCGCUACAAAUAUUAUUUUCUCUAAAGUGGAUCACUAUGUUACAUCGGAACAUAGUCAAACGUCUUUGGACCAGUCACAAAAAUCUGCUGAUGAGCAAAGUGAAAGCUCAGCUAGUUAUGUUAAUGCUUCAACAUCUGAGGAAAAUUGCACACAGAUAGAGACACAUAAUGAUACUCAAAUAAUACCCACAAUUCAUGAUACAACAUUAUCUAGUACGGAGUUAAACCACACAUUAACUUCAUUACCUCCACCUAUGCCUGGGAAAACACCAUCACCACCUCCUGCACCGGGAACGCAAUCAAUAGCACCUGAACUAAUGACUCCUGCACCAUACAUAAAUCCAGCACAAUCGAAGUCUAUACCAAUGUCAAUAACAAAUCUUCCAUCCCUGUCAAUAUUAUCUGAAGAGAGUACAUCGAAAAGUGGAGAAGAUAGUAGUAAAGAUUUAAUCACUUCUUCUGUAGGAACUAAUAUUCCUAUUUCAAGUACUGAUGCAUCUACCUCUGUGUCAAAUACGGAAAUAGCUACGACGUCAACAGAUACAGGGCCUCCAAAAUCAGAUGAGUUAUUAUCCUCCAGUCCAGAAAAACAUCUAUCACCACCUCCCGAAAAAUGUGAUGCGUCUUCGCAAAAUUCUAAAGUAGGAACGAUGUCAUCACCUCCAGUUUCGGAUGAAUUUACAACUUUAAUGGAAAUCAAAACAAGCGAAGUACCAACCUCACCUUGUAUACCUCCUCCUCCGCCUCCUUUGCCUGGAAUGACGUCCUCCCCUCUUCUAACACCUUGUAUGGCGCCUCCUCCACCCCCAAUGCCAGGAUUGGCGCCACCUCCACCCCCAAUGCCAGAAUUGGGACCUCCACCACCCCCAAUGCCUGGCGUGGGACCACCUCCUCCUCCACCUAUGCCCGGAAUGGGGCCGCCUCCACCACCUAUGCCUGGUAUGGGGCCGCCUCCACCGCCGAUGCCUGGUAUGGGUCCGACUCCACCGCCGAUGCCCGGUAUGGGGCCUCCACCGCCUCCUAUGCCUGGUAUGAUGCCUCCUCCCCCACCUAUGCCUGGGAUGAUGCCACCUCCACCUCCAAUGCCCGGCAUGGAACCGCCUUCGCACCUAACACCCGGAGUAGGACCUCCUCCUCCGCCUAUGCCUGGAGCAGGCCAGUCUAUAGGAACUAAUCCACCGCCACUGAAUGCUCUCGGUCCCCCGGCGCACCAGACCACAGGACCCCUGCCCUUUCCCGCUCCUCCUGCAGGCGGAUGGAACAUGCAACGAGCCACAUUAAGAAAAACACCUAUAAAACCAGCUGCGCCUAUGAAACCGUUAUACUGGACACGUAUAUUGGCCGCGCCAACACAACCAGCCUACCAAGGAGAUUCAGAAUCGAGCAAAUUAAAACCUUUGUGGUUGGAAAUUGAAGAAGCGAAACUGGAUAAUAUUGAUGAAUUUACGGAUCUCUUCUCAAGACAAGUUGUUAAAGCACCAGCAAAAAAGAAAACUGAGGUCAAAGCUAAGAUAAAACCAGUCAAAUUACUGGACAGCAAACGAUCACAGAAUGUUGGGAUAUUGGCACAAAGUUUACAUGUGGAAUUCUCCGAAAUAGAAAAUGCUAUAUACAAUUUUGAUACAUCUGUUGUUAGUUUAGAAGCAUUACAGCAGAUUUAUGACUUGCGAGCAACUGAAGAAGAAUUGAUGUUAAUAAAAGACCAUUUAAGAAAUAAACCAGAAAUUCCAUUAGACAAACCUGAAAGUUUCUUGCAUGAUUUAUCCGGGAUACCAAAUUUUGCUGAAAGAAUAUCAUGCUUUAUGUUUCAAACAGAAUUUGAAGAUGGUGUGAACACAACAAUGCACAAAUUAGAUAAUUUAAAACAUACAUGUGAGUUUCUAACUACAAGUGAGCCAUUGAAGCAGCUAUUUGCAAUUAUUUUAACUUUGGGCAACUAUAUGAAUGGUGGCAACGGUCAAAGAGGACAGGCUGAUGGCUUCGGUUUAGAGAUACUUGCUAAACUGAAAGAUGUUAAGUCGAAGCACUCGCAGGUGACGUUGCUGCACUUCAUAGUGCGCACGUACAUGCGGGCGCGGGGCGGGGCGCUGGCGGGCGCGUGCGCGCUGCCCGUGCCCGAGCCCGGCGACGUGGCGCGCGCCGCAGCUCUUGACUUUGCUGACGUCGCCGCACAUCUCAAGGAGCUAGAUAAACGAUUGCAAGAUUGCAGAGAGCAGACAAAGAAAGUAAUUGAAUGUGAUGCUCAAAGAAACGAAGACUGUGUAUCGUCAUGUGGUGAUAAUACCAAGAGAUUGGAAGUGUUCAAAGAUAAGAUGAAGACAUUCCUUGACGCGGCUGAGGAGAAGUUGAAGACUGAGAACGAUAAUUUAGAGGAGUGUCGAGCCAAGUUCAUUGGCACUGUCAGAUUCUACCAGUACACGCCCAAGUGCGGCAAGCUCGAGGAGUGCGAGCCCAAGGAGUUCUUCUCCCUAUGGACUUCAUUUUGCAGCGACUUUAAAGAUAUAUUCAAGAAGGAAGAGCAGAUUGCCAUAAAAGAAAAAUUAAAAGAAAAUAAAAAACUCCAAGAUGAAAGGAAAUCUUUGACACAGCCUAAAAAAGAAGGUGGUUUAAAAGCUCGUCUUCAAAAAUUGUCAGGUACAAGAAGAUAAGGGCUAGACCCUGGGACCUUGGUAAUGGCCAUACGAACACAUGACAGCACAAUUCUUACCAAUUUAUAUGAAGUACAAAAAAGAAUUUGCUGUCAAAAUCUCACAAAAUGUACCUGUGUGUGAAUUAUUUCUAAUUCGUGUCAUUCUUUUGUUGCAUUUAUUUGUAUGAAACAUUGUUUAUAUUUCUAUAAUAGGUGCUACUACGCUUAUAAUAAUUUCAAUUUAAAGAAAUCUCAUUGGUAAAACAAAAAUAAUCGAUACUACAUACUAACCAUAAUUAUGUUAACUUCUGAAUCAUCCAAAAAUGUAAAAGAACAAAAUAAUAUGCUUAUCAUGAUAAUAUUAAAAUGUAUGCACAAAAAAAAUCCGGCAAAAUAAUAAUGUUAUAAUGUAACUAAAUUUAUCUGAUUUAUUAUAUACAUGUGUCUGUUUACCUCAAGUUUUUGAGAUAUUUUAUAUAUAGUCUAUAGUAUAUAAUCUGUAAAACCCAAGUGUUAAAAAUAAAUAAAUAU